UUGGUUGGGUUUGACAGUCAAACUGUCACAUUUGCUUAUCUCCCCCCUCAAUUUCUUUAGCCGGAAGCUGUGACGCUGGGGGAUGGGAGAGGAAAGGUUUUCAGACCAACAGGAAACACUUUUACAUCUCAGAUGCUGCUGCCUCUACCCCAAGCAUAUUCUUAAUGAGCAAGUAAGCGGAUGGGCACGGCCCUCUCUCCUCCCGCCAUCUGCGCUGUCUCCUCAUGCUUACGGAUCGUUUGUUAGGGACAAGGUCGGCACGUCAGCCUGCGAUUUCGGACUCGACCCCGGGAGCUGAAGCGGCUGAGGGCAGGUGGCUGGCCUGGGGGAGCUGGUGAGAAGAGAUGGGGUGCUGUAGCAUGAGCGCCCGGCGAGCUGCGUCGGCGGGGGCAUGCCAGGAUGAGAUGGAGCUGCUGGAAAUAGGUGGCAGCAGAAAAUGGUCCAUUUCAGAACCUCAGAGUGAAGGCUCCCUCCAUCUCAGGGACCCCGUGACCACGACAGAGACAGGAGGUGUGAGUAUAAGCAGAACCUCACAAGCCAAGAGUCACACGUAGACUCAGAACCUGAGGCUAGCUGAAGAGGAAGAUUUUCAGGGGAGGAUCAGAGAGCUGAACCCACAGGCAGAAGUGUUGUGGGGGAGAACACGGGAGGAACUAAGGAACUUCCUAUUCACACAGCCCAUCACUGGCUGGGAAGGGAGGAGCAUCCACUCUCUUGGGGAAAUAGUAUGGUCCUCACUGGUUCUUAUGCGCAGCUGUCACAUGGAGGAGAUGUCUGAACAGUACAUUGUGCUGUUCCCCUUCCAGCUGUUGAUUCUAUCAAUGGAUCACAUGAAGAAGAUGUUUAUCUACCAGGGCCUGCUUCCACUCGCGGGGAUGAGUGUGAGGGAUGUGCCGAGUGACACUGGCUGCAUGUUUGAAGUGACUGGGCCCAUGAUAGAAUCCAGGAUCAUCUCAUGCCUGAGUCCAGCUGAAUUCCACAUCUGGGUUCUCAGCAUCCAGAGGCACAUCAAGAUGGCAAAUGCUCACUGUCCAGCCCACCCCAGCAAUAUCAUUCCUUUCCUGGUUCCAUGUGAUGAGCAGUGGAAGAAACAGAAGCUGAUGAAGCAUCUGGUUUACACCACCAUUCUGAAGUGGGAAGGGAAACCCAUCCAGCACCUAGGACGGAUACACUACCUAGCCAUGGUGCAGGUGGCUUAUGCCAGCAUGGGGGACUUUGAAGAGAGGCUGCUGGUGCUGUUUCCAGAAGAUCUGGUUUUCCUCUCCGUAGACAGAGAGAGAACCGGCAUUGUGUAUAAGGGAAAACUCCCCCUUGCUGGGAUCCAGGCAAAAGAGAAAUCUGCUGUCCUGGGGAGACUGGAAUUUGAAAUCACAGGAAGCCUGAUGGAACCGAUCCUGGUCGCCUGCUCCACCGCUGAAGAUUACGAAAAAUGCCUCUUCUACCUACAAAAGCCUGAGCAAAACCUCGACACUGUGACUGUCCAGCCACCACCAAUGGUGCCAAAGAAAUCGCUGCACCGUUAGAACUAUGGAGCCUAUGGAAAAGGCUAGCGCCCAGUGACAGCGCUGACUACAGGGGCCCAACUGAUGGCUAAGGAUGCUGGAGGAAGGAGCCCACCAUUGGCAAAACUAGAGAUGGACCAGAAACAACUUGAAUCCAAACCCCUUCAGACUGAGAAGAUUGAAUUGUGAGUCCUCGAUCUGAACCUACCCUGAGGGGUAUGGUCCCCGGCUGGACUCAUUCAUUUGUGCACAGAUUAGCUGCUGUUCCCGAUGGCCUGUUGGAACCUCCUGGAUAUAAUCCCAGUUGAUCAGACUCCUGGGGGAGAAAUCCUUCCUGGUUUGAUCACUUUAUUUAUUGGCUGCUGCUUCUUGGAGAGAGAAAUAACCUAAGGUAUUGUGUAAAUAGGAUGACUAAAACCCAUCAGCCCAAGCCUUGUGCAGAAGGGAGCAUUCAUGUUAUAGAGUCAUAUCGUUUAAGGCCAGAUGGAACCGCUCAGUUAUCUAGGCUGACCUCCCGUAUAGCACGGGCUUCCAACACCCGCACACGAAACCCAGCACCCAGAAUGAGAACAAAGUAUCAGAGCCCAGAGGAGACUAGACCAGUAUGUGCCGCAGGCAGAGAUUAGGAGAGAUGGAGGUGCACCAGUACCUGAGGCCCCUGAAGUAGCCCGGAAAUAAUCAAGUGUGAUAUACCUGGAUAAUCCUGACUAGUGACCCACACCCACAUGCUGCAGAGGAAGCUGAAACCCCCCCGCCCCACACGGUCACUGCCAAUCUGAGUUGGGGGCAAAUUCCUUCCCGGCCCUACAUAUGGUGAUCAGCUAGACCCCGAGCAUGUGAGUGACAACCAGCCAGCCAAGCGUCUGAGAGAGAGAGAGUCCUCGGUGUCAUGUCAGAGGCCUAGCCCUCCCCGGCCAAUGUCCCCUCUGCGGCCAUGGCCAUCCUGUAUGCUUCCAAGGAAGGAGAUUGAUAAAAAGAAAACCGGGAUACACUGGGGAGCUGAGGGAAUCCCUUCCUGACCCCUGCAGGUGGCUGGCUGAAGUCCUACGCAUGAGCUUUUAGAUGUAAAUCAGAAGCGACCCCAAGGGCUGCCCAGCCCUGCCCCACACCCUCACAAGGAACCCCAUCACACAAUCCCACUCAAAAAUUUGUCCAGAUCUCUCUCAAAACUAAUUAAGUUGUUUGCCUCACAGCUCCUAUUGGGAGGCUGUCCCAGGACCUCACUCCUCGGAUGGUUAGAAACCUUCUAAUUCCCAGCCUGACCUGGUUCAGGGCCAGUUUAUCCCCAUUUGUUCCUGUCCUAACAUUGUCCUUUAGCUUAAAUAGCUCUUCUCCCUCCCUGGUGUUUACCCUUCCCCUCUCCCCCUUGAUGUAUUAAAGAGAGUAAUUGGGUCACUUCCCAGGGGUCCCCCGUGCUAGCUGUGGAUUGGCUCCCUGAAACCACCAGCCUCUGGUAACACAAGCACUCCCUUCCAGGCUUCCACUGGCCUCACGCUCUCUCUCUGCAGGUUAGCAAUAAGCACACACCGACCUGAGUCCUCCGAGCAUCCCUCUGGAGCAAGCAGCCUCUGGUCCACUGAGGACUCCCAGAACUCUCAGAUCCAUUAUUCCCAAAGGAACAGUGUAACCUAGCUUGCAAAAUUCAAGUCAGGAGCCCCACUUUACUGAGCACAAUACACUUAGAUAUGUAUAUAUAGAGAGAGAGAGAGAAAAAAAACAAGAAUACAUUUAUUAUUAAAAACAGAGAUUCAAGUGAUCGUGAGUAAGAAUAUUGGACACAAAUGGUUACACAAAAACAAAAUCAUACCAUACUUCCUAGAGCCUAAACUUAACUAACAAUAACAAGGCAUUCCCCUGUCCCCUACAAAAUAGCUUAUCCCGAGUCAUUUCCCCAGUAUUUUCAACCAGAUGGAUUGAGAUCCCCUUUUCACAAAAUCAAGCCUGCUGGCAGCUUGUCUUCAUGGAAGGAGCCCAGGGUUUCUUUCUGCUCCCCCAACUAUACUAGAACAAACCUUUGAUGGUCACCUUAAAAUAGGGUACUCCCACCCACCCUGUUUACCUCUUCCUGCUAAUUUCCUUCUGAAGUCUCCGCCAGCACUUCAACAGCAUUUGACUCAGCGUGGUAAUACAUUGUAUUGUGUGACACACACUAGCCUGUGGUCCACCAGGGAGAAGUUUGUCUCAAGACACGCUAUCUUUCACUGACCUGCUUUUACCUACAGCCCUAGCAAACAUAUUUUUAGUAUAUAUACACACUUCCUCACAUAUUCUCUGUCCAUACAUCUCACGAUGAUUAGGAUGACCAGUGCAACACAGGCUUCCAGUAGAGAACUACACCAUCCCUUUUGAUGGACCCAUGGGAUCCCUGUGCCCCUGUGUGCCCGUGCCCUGUGCCAGUUGGCAUCAAGAGCAUCCUUGAGUCACAGUAAUCAUAUCUCCUUCUUUUGGCUAGGCCAAACAAGCCAAGCUCUUCCAGUUGCCUCUCAUAAGAUAGGCCCUCCAUUCCUCUGAUCAUCCUAGUAGCUUUUCUCUGAAUCUCUUCUAGUUUGAAUUUAUCUGCCAUGAACAUAGACCUGUCUCUUCCUGGUGUUGGUGUGAAUCUUUUUUAUGUCCUUUCUUGCAGUUCCCUGUACAUCAUUCUCAUUUUUCCUUAGGCUCUGUCUUGACCAUUCCCUGACCAUUAUCCCAUUAUCUUGACCAUUCCCUGUCUAUCUCUAUCAUCUCUUACUUUCUUCCACAGGGACUGGCUUCCCUUCUUUCCUUCCUCACCACCCCAUUGUCUGCCUGUUUCUCCUUCUCAUACCCCAGUGCAGCAAACCUGUGCAGCAAACCACUAGCUGUUGUCUUCCUCUGCCUUGUUCUCAUAGUCAUGUCCUUCCAUGGAUCACCCUCCUCUUCUGGCAUUUCACACUCCAGGUCCUUUUGUUCAGCAGGUGUCCACACGUCUUGAGUUGUCUGUGUCACCUGCUCUCUCCUCUCCUGCAUUAUAGGAAUCCUUGUCUGAAUUCCAUCAUCUCCAGGGGCACCUCUAAUCCUUGGAUCUUCUCUGCCAUGAGCUCUGUCAAGCGAAUUUCAUGCAUAAGUAGCUUCCCGCAGAUAUCCACUCAAGGAUGACGUACAUCCUGCAGCUUCUGUAUCUGAUCGUCUUCUUUGUCUUCUCCCCUCCUCAGGUCACUUCUAGUGCUGCCUCAGUAGCCAUCGCCUUCCUUUCCUAGACCUUAUUCCUAGAAAAUAGAAAUGGGGGGCAACCCAAACUGCCACAGAAAUGCUGAUCUCCGCUGUUAGCUGCUAGCUGUUUGCAGUCAAGUUCGCUAGUGACUGGCUUUUAAACCUAACCAAGCGAGGUCAGCACCUCCCUUUCCAUAUUACAUCCAUAUUUAGGAGCCUAAAGCAAUGACCUGAUUUUUAAAGGUGCUGAGUACCCACAGCUCCCGUUGGCUGCCAUGGGACAACUCACAUUACUCAUGUAAGAGCUGAAGGAUUGGGCCCUUAAUUUUUGUUUCAAGAGCUACUCACAGUGUUUCCAGAACUCAGCGUGAAUUCUCCAUCCAUAAGCCACUGGUCCGGGCUAUCAUUUAUAAUGUUAACUGACCGCCCACCGUUUUGUUUCCUAUCAUAAACAACCAAGAGAGCUUCGAGUAACUCAGGAAAUGGUGUCCGUUUCUAAGAAAUUUGCCUUUGGGUCAUAGCUUAAUCAGACUUCUGAUCUGUUAAUGACAUCUUGUGUAUUUUCCAUAAACAGUAAAAGCUGCCUUGAGAGGCUUGAGGGAUUGACAAAUAACAGGUGCUGGAUGGAGGUGGCACUUCUGAUAAAAAGAGAAGAACUACUGAACGCAAUAUGCUUGAGACAUUCUAGGGGUCACUCUCUUAGGGUCAAGGUAGUUUCCAGGGAGGGUAGUGUCUUGUAUAGCAUCAUAGAACUGGAAGGGACCUCGAGAGGUCAUCUAGUCCGUCCCCUGCACUCAAGGCAGGACUAAGUAUUAUCUUGACCAUCCCUGACAGGUGUUUGUCAAACCUGCUCUUAAAUAUCUCCAGUGAUGGAGAUUCCACAACCUCCCUGGGCAAUUUAUUCCAGUGCUUAACCACUCUGACAGUUAGGAAGUUUUUCCUAAUGUCCAACCUAAACCUCCCUUGCUGCAAUUUAAGCCCAUUGCUUCUUGUCCUAUCCUCAGAGGUUAAGAAGAACAAUUUUUCUCCCUCCUCCUUGUAACAACCUUUUAUGUACUUGAAAAUACUAUACAUAUACUUUUGUAUAGGUGUCAUUGUGUAUUGUAGAGAGAGAGCUCUCUGAACGGAAACCGUAAUGUAUGAAGAUUUCUUUGCCUAGGGACUCUGAACGGGUAACCUUUGUUUUCUUUGAAUCACAUCUCAAUCAUCUGUUGCUGAAAUGCCCCAGGAGUUACAAUCACACACAGUUAGGGGUUCCCCCCCCGGAAUCAGAACCAUGAGACGCCAAGAAAUGAACUGAUUUUUUCAUCAGUAAUAAGUCCUUUGGCAAGCAGUUAGAUAGGUAGGAAGUAGAAAUGUUUCUUGACCCAGGCAUAAAGUGGAUGGGCCACUCUGCAAACUGCCCCCAGGUACUGUAGCUGUGUUCAAUGCAUCAGUACGAACAGACAGCGCCACCUGCUAGUCCAUCAAGAGUUGAGACUGUUCUCCCAGUCCCCGGCCUAUCAAACAGUUUUGCUUCUCCGUCUCGACCACGUUAGCAUUAUCUAAGCACUGUUCUCCAGCUCUGAUGGUACUAAGUAGCUGGAAAGCUGGCUUUCCCAGCAGCCUGGAAAUCCCCAUUUCCUAAAGCAGAGGGGGUGGUGAGAGGGAGGGCUUGUUAGAAUAGUAGAUGAUACUGCUGGGUUGGACUGUUGGCAGAGCUGUUGGAGGGCACAGACAGGGCCAGAUUAACGUUAUGAGGGGGCCUAAGGCUAAUGGGAAGAAAGGGCCUAAGAAUGACGUAUUGCAAAAAAAAUGAUGACAUCAUCAAACAUUUCUCUACAGACAUAUUUACAUAUUCUUUAUGUAAAAUUAACAAGUUUAUUCUACUCUCACAAUGCUCAAUUCUUCAAACAGAUACUUGUGAGUAAGAGGUAGCACGAGGGAUGCGACGCUAUCCUUCUCCUGGGCCUCCUUCCUCCGAGCUAGUGGGGUGCCCCUCUGUAUGAGGGUGAACACUGCAAUGUCCCCCAUCCUGCUCACCUCUUUCAGGUUUGCGCUUCUACCCUCAGCUCUCCUGCACAGUGCAAAGCCAAGCCCUUUCCCCCAAGCUAUGGCCUUUACACCACAUACCCCAUCUCACUCUGACUGCACUUCUGGGAGGUUUUUUGUUAUGUAAAAGAAAACCACUCAGGAGUAAAAUCCACUGAAGUAAAGGAAGUAGUAGUGGGAAAAUGACAUUGGGUGGCAUUGUAUUUUAGGCUGUCUUGCUCUGAAAGCUGCAUCCCAGUGUUGCAGUGGCUGAGGACAAUGAAUUACUAUUUUCACAUUAAACCCAAAUAUUAUUUGUGGGAUCCUACCCAGUUUGUGUAGUUAAUCUCCAGUGAUUCACCACAUCAGGCCAUUCUGUCACCAAGCUCUUCCACAAUUAGAAUCAUAUAAUAGAAUCAUAGGACUGAAAGGGACCUCGAGAGGUCAUCUAGUCCGGUCCCCUGCACCCAUGGCAGGACUAAGUAUUAUCUAUUCUGGAAUGUGUGAUCAGCAGCUCUGACACGAGGUUUUUUAAGCAUGAGUUCUGUGUGCACCAGCCCCCUAUGGUUUGCAUUUGUUUGUUUUAAACUUUCUGAAAGAAAAAGGUAACAGCUAGGAGUGACACAGAUCUUUAGAUGGUUGGCCGGUUAUAAUAUUUAGCACUUCUGUACUAUGUUAGCUCUUCAGAAUCACUGUACAAAUAUUAAACAAACUUAAUCUUAA